AUGGCUGCCAAUAACGACCAGCAAAAUCAAGCAGGGAGGCACCAAGAAGUUGGCCACAAGAGCCUUUUGCAGAGCGAUGCUCUUUACCAGUACAUACUCGAAACUAGUGUUUAUCCAAGAGAGCCUGAACCCAUGAAGGAGCUUAGAGAGCUAACUGCCAAACACCCAUGGAACAUCAUGACUACUUCUGCUGAUGAAGGGCAAUUCUUAAACAUGCUUUUGAAGCUUAUUAAUGCUAAGAACACCAUGGAAAUUGGUGUCUACACUGGUUAUUCUCUUUUGGCUACUGCUCUUGCUCUUCCUGAUGAUGGAAAGAUCUUGGCCAUGGACGUAAACAGAGAGAACUAUGAAUUGGGUCUUCCUAUUAUCCAAAAAGCUGGUGUUGCUCACAAGAUUGAUUUCAGAGAAGGCCCUGCUUUGCCUGUUCUUGAUGAAAUGGUUGCAGAUGAGAAGAACCAUGGGACAUUUGACUUCAUCUUUGUGGACGCUGAUAAGGAUAAUUAUCUGAACUACCACAAGAGGUUGAUUGAUUUGGUGAAGGUUGGAGGUGUGAUCGGGUACGAUAACACCCUAUGGAAUGGAUCUGUAGUUGCACCAGCCGAUGCGCCUCUAAGGAAGUAUGUUAAGUACUACAGAGACUUUGUUUGGGAACUCAACAAGGCUCUUCCUGCGGACCCCAGAAUCGAGAUUUGCAUGCUUCCGGUUGGUGAUGGAAUCACUCUCUGCCGUCGGAUUCAGUGA